CUGGGAAAGCUGUGUUCGGUGUAGCGCCAAGAUAUUAGAGGACGUAGGCGGACUGCGUGUACCGAUGCGGACAGGAAGGCCUUGUCGUUUUCGUACGGGAUUGGAUUUGUAGGCACCACGGACUCGCCUGCGCAGACCUGCUCGUACUUAUUUUUUAUUUUAUUUUCGUAAAACAUUUUAACCUAGGUUGCAAGGGAGCACAGGGGGGCGCGCAAUCACACGCACCCUCCCGCGCGCCCUAGCCCUUUCUCGGUUGCUCCCUUGCUUGAUCACACAUUGACCAGUCUAUACCUGCAUUAUGGCGGAUAAUUUGUUGCGGCACGAAAACCAGGAGAAUAUGCAGCCCCGGAAACCUGGAGGUGUUCAACAUGUUCCGCCGAAAGGCCGCACCGUGUUGGGGGUGCUGCAGGGUAACCAGCGUGCCCGUGUGCAACCGAAGGUGACCAAAAGCAUUGGGCUUCAGCCAUCUCAGGUUCUCUCUGUGCACAAUCACCUGGGUAUCAACGAUGAAAACUAUGGCAAUGUCCCAGCUGGCAAAGUGCAAAACAAGCAGCCAUCAUUCGCCAUACACGUUGAUGAGCCAGACUGUGCCAACCGAAAGAAACCGGUCACCAGAAAAGCUGAUCUGGGUGAAAGCCUCUGUCCCCUUAACUCUGUGGUAAUGUCUCUAGGAACUAGACAGCCAUUGGCGCCACUACAGCUCUCAAUGGAAACAAGCUUUGAUUCUCCUAUGGACAUGUCAAUUGUGGAUGAAGAGAAAUCAACAGGACCCAAGGCAUUUCCUGACUACACCACUGAAAUUCAUACUUAUCUUAGAGAAAUGGAGGUCAAAUGUAAACCCAAAUCAGGCUACAUGCUCAAACAACCUGACAUAACAAAUAACAUGAGGGCAAUCCUUGUUGACUGGCUGGUUGAAGUUGGUGAAGAGUAUAAGCUACAGAAUGAAACCCUGUAUCUGGCUGUAAACUACAUCGAUAGGUUUCUUUCCUCAAUGUCUGUUCUUAGAGGGAAGCUCCAGCUAGUCGGUACAGCAGCUAUGCUACUAGCUUCCAAAUUUGAAGAGAUCUACCCACCCGAAGUGGCAGAGUUUGUUUACAUCACAGAUGAUACGUAUACCAAGAAGCAGGUUCUAAAAAUGGAACACUUGGUGCUGAAAGUUCUUUCCUUUGACCUUGCUGCUCCAACAAUCUUACAAUACCUCAACCAUUACUUCCAAUCUCAUCCAGUGUCUCAAAAAACAGAAAGCUUAUGCAUGUACCUGGGUGAGCUAAGCUUGAUUGAUUCUGAUCCUUUCCUCCGGUACCUGCCAUCGGUUAUUGCUGCUUCAGCCUUUGUUAUAGCAAAUUACACAAUCAACUAUGAAACUUGGCCGGAAUCACUGGUUGAGUUAACAAGCUACACUCUGGAAAGCCUUAAGCCUUGUAUUUUGGAUCUCUACAAGAGCUACGUUUCUGCAGCAAACCACCAACAGCAGGCUGUUCGAGAGAAAUACAAGCAUUCAAAGUAUCAUGGUGUAUCUGUUAUGGAUCCUCCUGAGACGCUGUCUAUAUUCUUAUAACUUCCAAGAAAUGGACUUUGUUUUUAAUGUAUAUUGAUUUAAAGCACAUGAUGUACAGUUCUUACAAUGAUGGGAAGACUUUGUUUUUGUAACUCAAUCAAACUUCAGUGAAAGAUUACUUAACAGAAUUAUGAAACAAAGUUAUUUUUAUUAGCCUUUUUAUAAUUUUUACAUUUUUGUAAAUUUUUAUGUAUGUGAAAUGUUAGAUAUAUACUAGCUUAGCUAUGUUUUUAUAAAGCUGUUUGUGGGCUGUUAACCAUGCUUUAAAGGUUGUUUUGUAUGCCUCCUAUAUUUCACAAUAAAUGUUAAAACAGCAA